AUGGGGCCACCCCGCCUCAAGCUUCCUGUCAAGCAGCCAUCACCAUCACGCGCUGCCGAGGAGCGACAGGCCUCACAGAGCAGACGCCGUAUUUCGCAGAUUCCACGUUUAGCACCUCCUUCGAAGGCCAAGAGCACGAAGUCAAGUAACAUUCCUAAGUCGAACACUAUGGGCGUGUUCUCCAAUCUCGCAGCCUCACUAUCGCGUACAUCUCUAUCCAGCUUUGGCCGUAGGGAGUCACGCCAGACAUCGGCGGCCUCUGCCACAGCCUCGAAGCAUAGCGACAGCGAGGCUUCCUCGACCAGUGGCCGCCCCGUGAUUUCGGCGCCAAUGCCAUCUGAUGUUCAGCUACCACCAGUCCAACUCUUGUCUCUAGACGACUACCGCUUCGUCAACACCGCGCGUGACCUCAAGUAUUGGAGCGGUCGCUUCCACGCGCUCCAGAGCCGAUUCCAGAACGAGCAGCUGACGGCAGACAACCUCGCGACAAUCGUCGCCGCAAGCCGAACCCACUCUCAGGUCCCGGAGUCCUCGAAACAGCAGAAAUCCAAGAACACGGCCGGGUUUCCUACGUCGUUCACCAUGGCCAGCAUGGCGGCGCCCACAUCCUCAGGCGCAGCUGCGUCCGCUGCCGCCAAAGUGGAGGCAGCGACCUUCCUCACGGACGACGAUAACCGCCUGCACCGCAUCUUCCUGCACCUGGAGGCGCAGUGCACGACUAAUGAGGCUCGCGAGAGUCUGCGCGCGUUCCAGCAGCACUACGCGCGCCUUUACCAGAAGCCGGGCUUGCUCCCACAGGGCGGUACGAUGGAUGAUAAGCCCGCUGGCCUCAUGGAAAAGCUCCGCACAUCGGGAGGGAAAGGGGCAUGAAAUGGAUUGCGCUGAGCAUGGGCAUCUGGAAGUUAUUAUCCAGAUACCUAUCCAGAUUGGCAGUCUCUCUCAACGACUAUGAUAUUACGAUAAGGGGGAGUUUAGGAGCAUACUUGAGGCAUUAAUUAGGUACGGAUAUUCCGCAUCAACAAGGAGUUUCGGAGUCGGAUUAGCAUGGUGAUGGAAUGG